CUUGGCUCACAACGUCUUCCUCCACAGAGGACAACGUCUUGGAGACACCUUGUGAAGCCAACAGGUCAAGAUGCUCAAGGUUAGGACCAUCCUCCUCCUGUGUGGCCUCCAGAUCUUCCAACAAACCACAGCGCAGGAAGGAAGCCCUCUGACAGCCGUAUUUGAUGAUGAAGAUGUACACCCUCAGAUCUUGAACGAUGAUGGAGCUGUCACAGAACUAUUGGGAGGAGAUCUUUUAGGAGACUUACCUGGUGGCACCCUGGACACCCUGGGUAUCAUUGGGCGGCAAAGAAGAGAUCUGCUUGGAGGUGCCUUGGAAAGCAAGAAAGGUCUGCCUGGAAAUGUCUUGGGAGGCAAGGCAGGUCGGCUUGGACGUCUCCUGAAUCUUAAUUGGAAGAUUGUGGAUGCCAAGCUGCUUAAUGUCACCCUGAAAACCCUGCCAGAUGAUGGGCUCCUACUGGUGAUCCCUGUCAAACUGGAACUCCGGAGCAAUAGUUCAGGUGCUGCACCCAGGGAGGUCAGGUCUUCCAAGGCUCUGAUUGAUCUUCCGCGUCUUCUUGUGGAAGUAAAUAUCAAAGCUUCUCUUCAGAUGGUGCAAAACGAGUCCGGAGCACAUAAGCUAGUGGUUGAGAACUAUAUGACCGACCCAGCUCACAUCAAGUUCUUGUCUGGGACCAGGCAGUUGAACUCGGAUGCCAGCUUCUCCAUCCUCUUUGACGGAUUCCUUCGUUCGCUCCGUCCAAUUGUAUAGUUUAUGAUGAAUGGCUUGAACACACGUCUUGGGACAGUCACCAAACACACCAUCGUGACACCGCUGACUCCUAAGCUUCCAUAGAUGGAUCCAUGUUGCUGCAGAAAGAGCUUCAAGAUAGACCAGAUCUCCUUUCUGGCUGCUUCAUCUGCCAUCUUGGCUCCAAGUCUGAACCAUGGAAAAAACAUCAGAUGUAUCCUCAUUUUUGUUUCUCUUUGAGCUGUAGACCUGCUUAUCUUUGUUUCAUCUUGUCAAAGAGGGAUGUCAACUGGCUCUUCUCCAGUCAAUAAAAUAUAUCAUUUCCUAGCAUUUGCUGUGUCUGUUAAAUGUUUUUCCUCUACUUUAGUGCAUUUUGAACAAGUCCAGUCUCAGCAUGUGUUGCCCCCUAUGCAGUCAACCCUUCACUUGGGUCAAGGCUUAAAGAUGCAGGACCACCCCAAAAACUGUACCGGUCAAAUUCUUCAUCUGAAUGCAGAAUAAUCACAGGUUGUCUUAAACCUACACCUGUUGAUAAACUCUACAAGUUAGCUGGCAUUGCCCCUCCUGACGUGCGACGGGAAGUUGCUGCUAACGGUGAGAGAAAAAAGGUCGAACAUUGUGAAAGCCACCCACUGCAUGGCUAUCACCCUCCUCCCACCAGACUCAAACCAAGGAAGGGCUUCAUGAGAACCACCACUCCUCUUGAUGUUCCUCCAGCAGCAGCAAGGGUGUCCCUCUGGGCAGCUAAACCAGGCAAUUCCAACUGGAUGGCCCCCCAUGAGGGAGCUUCUGCCUCCAGGGGCAAACCAAGAAUGGGCAACUUGGAAGUCCCUGAACAGACCCAGAAGCGGAGUGGGCAGAUCUAAAGACAACUUGGCAAGGUGGCACUACCUGGAGGAAUCCUCCACCUCGUGUGACUGUGGAGCAGAACAAACAACUCCGCAUAUGUAUGCUUGCCCACAAUGUCCUCCCUUAUGUACGGAGGAGGAGUUGCUUAAAGCUACGGACAAUGUGGUUACUGUUGGCCGCUUGUGAUUUCCUUUUUUUCAUCAUUUUUAAAAUGUAUUUGUUAUGCAAUGCUUUUGACACGAAAUAAAUAACCCCAAGAAGUGGGGAACUGGAAUUGAAAA